AUGUCAAAGUUAUCACGAGGCCGGCCAAAGUUAUCAUGGACUGGUCAAAGACUGUACGAAUCAAAAGACCAGUCGCAUUCGCGUGCCAUUAACAAUAUUCGCCAAAUCUAUACCAGUUGUAUGGACCAGCAACGUCUAGCGCAACUCGGUGGCACCGAACUCGUCAAAGCCAUCGAGCAAAUGGGGCACUGGCCAAUAGUGCACGGCGAGAAAUGGCAAGCCAACGAAUUCGAUUUGACAAAUUUGCUGAUCUACACGAGCGUGACCAGGUCCAUGGAGAUCUUCCUGGAUAUCUACGUGUCCCAAGAUCAGCGUAACGUCUCACGUCGAAUGAUUCACGUUGAUCAAGGAAACCUUGGCCUGGGUGGUAGUGCCCGAGCGUAUUAUUUGAAUAUGACCAGAUAUACGAAACAAAUGCGCGCCUAUAGACAAUAUAUGAUCAAUAAGAUUCUGUUAGUGGCUGAAGAUGCAGGUGAGCCUAGAACACGGGAGGAAAUCGCCAAAGGAGUCGAGGAAAUAAUCGAUUUGGAGAAGCAAAUUGCUGAGAUCAUGAUAUCCGAAGAGCAUCGCAGAAAUUACACAAGGCUCUAUAACUCUCAUAAGCUGUCCGAACUGAAUGAGCUCUUUCCUUUGGUCGACUGGGACAGAUAUUUUAGAGCCGUGAUGCCUGAGGAUCUACACGAUUACUUGAACUCCGAUCCGGAUAUAAUCGUCAAUGAAAUGGAGUUCCUGAAGAAACUAACCGACCUACUAAGGGCUGCCGAUCCACGUAUCAUAACAAAUUACAUUGUUUGGCGUUACACAUCAGCGUGGAGCUUCCAGCUGGACAGCCGUUAUGACGACGUGCAGCAGGAUUUCCUCCGAAUGUUGAUCGGUAAAGAGCGCAAAUCACCACGAUGGAAGGACUGCAGCUCGGCAGCCUCAAGCCGUAUGGCCUAUGCAGCAAGUGCUCUCUACGUGCGGGAAUACUUCAAUGAGGCUGACAAAAAUGCAGCCAUGGAAAUGAUCCGGGAUCUGCAUGAGGCAUUCCGUGAGAUGGUCACUCAUAACGAUUGGAUGGAUGAACAAACCCGAAAGAUCGCCAUCGAAAAAUCCCGCGCCAUGCAAAGUCUCAUUGGAUAUCCGGAUUUUGUGCUGAGCGACGAAAAACUUGACGACUUCUAUAAAUUGUUGAAAUUCGAACCAGGAGACACGUAUGCAGCAAUGGUGCAAAAGACCACUAAAUGGAAGCAAGACCGUGCCUUUAGACGUCUCAUCGAACCCGUUGAUAAGAGUGAUUUCGGCAUCUCGUCAUCGACCGUCAACGCCUUCUAUUCAUCGCUAAAAAAUUCCAUCAGUAAGAUGGCUUUAAUAUUUCUCGAAGACAUAAUAAUUAUAACGAUAAUAAUAAUAAUAAUAAAUAAUAAUAAUAAUCACAAAAAUAAUAAUAAAUAA